CUAACUUUUAGGUAGCGUAUUUUUUGUUAAUCUGGCCAUCUUGUUGCCACGAAAACACGACAUCAAAUUGUGAGAUUGAAGUCGAAAGUUUUUCGUUUGGUUGGAGUACAAAAAGCUGGUUUUUAACUUAAAUUAUCGAAGAAAACUCCUCCACAGGGUACAAUGUCCAAAGAUACGAAUCCUAAGGAGGCCAUUAUUAAAGCCGCAUAUGCGGAUGUUAAUAAAUUUGGCCAAAAUGGUGAAUUCGAUAAAGCCAUGAAAGCAGUCAAUCGUAUUCUCGGUGUAGCACCCGAUGAUACAACAGCUUUACAUUGCAAAGUCAUUUGCUUGAUACAACUUUCAAAAUUUGAGGAAGCUUCUAAAUUUAUUGAGAAAAAUAAAUUAACUUCCCUGGUCUUUGAGAAGGCCUAUUGUGAGUAUCGUCUCAAUAAGCCCGAAAAUGCUUUAAAAAUCAUUGAUGAGGCCCAUUUGCCUACACUGCCACCCAAUCUCAAAGAAUUGAGAACUCAAGUUUUAUAUCGCUUGGAACGUUACGAGGAAUGUUUCGAUUCUUACAAAGAAAUCAUUAAAAAUACCAGUGAUGAUUACGAAGACGAAAGACGCACAAAUCUAAGUGCUGUUGCUGCCAAUUUGGCUUUAGACCCUACUAAGGAAAUACCAGCAAUUCCUGAAGAAACCUAUGAGCAACAUUUCAAUGGUUCUUGUAUUCUAUCGAAUCGUCAAAAGUAUGCCGAAGCCGAAAAGAAAUUGCGUGCCAGUGAGAAAUUGUGCCGUGAAACUUUGGAAGAGGAUGGUGCUACCGAAGAGGAGAUUAGUGAGGAAUUGGACAUUAUUCGUGUUCAAGUGGCCUACUGCAUGCAAAUGCAAGGCAAGACAAAGGAGGCAGCCGCUAUUUAUGCCGAGGUCUUGAAAAAUAAACCCAAAGAUCCGGCAUUAAUUGCUGUAGCUAGUAAUAAUUCGGUGGUCAUUAAUAAGGAUCAACAUGUAUUUGACUCGAAGAAAAAGAUACGCUCGGCCAUGUCAGAUGCUUGCGAAUUCAAAUUGACUUCUCGCCAAAAGAAGGCAAUUGCUUUGAACAAUUGUCUUUUGGCAUUAUUCACCAAUGCCAGCGAUCAGGUACAACAAUUUUGCACAAAACUGGCUCAUCAAUAUCCCGAUUUGGUAUUCCAAUCUUUAUUGAUCAAAGCUUCACAAUUGGCCAAGGAUAAGAAACACAAGGAGGCUGUAGAGUUAUUGCAAAAAUUCGCCACCUCUACCGCAGAUAAGAAUCAAGCCUUUGCUGCUAAAUUUGCCAUUGUUCAAUUGUUGUUAUCUCAAGGCGCUCGUAAAGAAGCUGCUGAUGUUUUACUAUCAUUAGGCGAGGCUAAAUACAAGCCGGGCGUCGUUUCUGCUUUGGUGACUCUCUACUUGGGAUUGAACAACAAACCAGCUGCUUCUGAAUUGUUGAAAACUGCUGUAGAUUGGUAUAAGAAAAACAAUGUUAGCAGUGCCGAUUUGUCUGAUAUGUGGCGUCAAGCAGCCGAGUUUCAUUUACGCGGUGGUGCUACUGAAACUGCAGCCAGCUCUCUGGAAGAGUUGCUUAAACUGAAACCCAACGAUAUGAAAGUAUUGGCUCAAUUAGUUAUUGCUUAUGCCCAAUUCAAUCCAAAGAAAGCUUUGGAAGUUAGCAAAAAAUUGCCCAAAUUGGAAACUCUUACCACAGCUUCUGAAAUUGAUGCUUUAGAAGCAGCCAAUUGGGUCAUGUCUACUAAGGCAGCUAAGAAAUCGGCCAAUGCGAAAAUCGAACAAUCGCCUAGUACUCCGGUGGCCGAACGCAAGAAGAAUCGCAAACGUAAGCGCAAGGGUAAAUUGCCCAAAAACUAUAAUGCUGAAAUACCACCAGAUCCAGAAAGAUGGUUGCCCAAAUAUGAACGUACUGGUUUCCGCAAGAAGCGUGAUCGCAGAGCUAAGGACAUUAUCAAGGGCUCACAGGGCAUGUCCACUCAGGCGGCCGAACAAUACGAUAUGUCUAAUCGUGCCAACUUGGGUAAAAAUUCUCCCGCUACUCCUGUAUAUCAGGAACCCACUCCCGGGCCACGUCAACAACACCGCAAAGGUGGUCAUAAGAAGAAGAAGGGUGGACGUUUCUAAUAAAAUGCAUUUCAAUAUUAUGCUGUGGAACAUAUUUCCGCCAACCAGUUGUUUUUAUUUUACUACUUUUUUAUAACUAAAGUAUGCAAAAAUAUUAUGGAAUAUCUUAAUCUAUAAAUGAUAAAAUUUGUUUUCAA